AUGCCCCCAUUCCCCUUCCUGAGAUCCAACCACGACAAAGAUCCUCUACCUCCCGACACGUCCAACAGUCAGACCUUGACUUCUCCACCUAGCAUAACUUCCUCCGACAAACCACAAUUCACUCAUCCAUUCACAUCGAGCUCUACAAACGCUUCUACAAGCACUGUCAACGCAUCUAGCUCAUCACCUGCUUUCCUACCGGCAGUCGCAGAAUCGCCCACAUCGAAAUAUCAUCCAUCUAGAUUACUGCGGCGAAAGGCUAGUCUGAGUAACAAAUCCAACGAAACUCCUACUUUCGCAGAUUCGGACCCUUUGCCAAGUAAUAAUGUAUCCAGCAAUACCUCGGAACCGCCCACUUCACCUAGACGAUUACCCUCUUCUCCCAGGGGAUUUCCUUCUUCCCCCAGAGGAUUCUUCUUUGAUAAUAACAACAACAAUAACCACAGAGAGUCGAUUGAGAAGGACAGGGAAAGGGAUAAAUUCGCGACUUAUCCAACCACCAGGAGGGGAUCUGAUACAUCUAGAUAUAUAAAUUAUGGGUUGCCUUCGCCCACAUCAGCCAAGAGGUCGGCAUUUGUGUAUAACGGGAAAUUAACUAGUGAAGGGGAGAAAGAUCAGGCAGUGGUGAUAAUACCUUCGGGUAAUAUCGAUAGAGACAGGGAAGAGGAUCAAUUAUCAAUAUCGAAUAAUUUAGCUGCGCUGGGAAUCAAAUCCGAUAACGGAUCUUUGUCUUCUUCUUUACCCAAAGUUUUAGAUGGAGGAUUGGGUUCGACAAGUGGGGUAGGCAUAUUCGGUAAGAUCAUGAAUAAUGGCAACGAUCAACCACAAUCACCCACACAGUACUCUUCUGUAUAUGACAAUAGAAGACCACCUACGCCUCCCGAUUCGGCCAAAACGCCUUUCUACCCUACAGCGCUAUCGCCUCCUCGUAGACCUAUGCCUAAAUCUCCUAGAGCAUUGCGUAACCAACAUCAACGGACCUCAAUCCCUACGCCCUCGCAUAGACCUGAAACUCCACCUAGUGUAGGUAUGAUGCAGGCUCUAUCUGCUGUUGGAGGAUCUUCACAUGACUCACACAAUCAGUCGCCUUCGCCUAGUUUAAAUAGACCAAGAAGGGGUUCGGAGAAACCUAGAGUAACAGCAGAAUGGCUAGCGCGUAAACCAUCCCUGACGACCCCUUCUUCUUCAUCAGCCAAUAAAGCAAUAAGACAUCGUCCGCCGCUUUCUGUGGAUCAAUCACCUUCCUCUUCACCUUCCAAUUUUCCUGUACUUCGUCAUCAAGCUUCGUCUGAUUCUCCCAUACUACCGAUAUCUAUACCAAAACGUCAAGGAUCGUUAGAUGAUUCACCUAAGAUAAUCGAACUCGCCACAGACAACGAAAAGGAGAGUACAACUAGGAGGCCAUCUUUUUCCAGCGAUACAGAGGGAUUAUCAUCAGAUGGUGAAAUAGGGUUGAACCCCCGUCGGAAAUCAUUACUCACAGGAGGGAAUCAUACCCCUUCCCGAAGUGGAAAUAGGAAAUCUUCUUUGGUACCUGGCACCGGUACUAGCGGAGGAGGAUUUGAAGUAAUUGUUAACUGUAUUGACAACAGACUUCGUGAGGGGGACGAUGAAGAUGGAGAAGGAGAGAUCAAAUGGGAGGUAACGAUAAAGAAACAAAGUUCAACCAAAUCAGAUAAUAUAGUUGGAAGUAGUCCCGUUCAACUUUCAACUCAUGGUGUUAAUGCCCAAGCUCCCUUAUCGGCAAGCUCAAUCAAUCUUAGUCUAUCGUUAGAUCAACCCACAGGUAAAUUGGUAUUUAUCAAUUUCCCAAUGGAUAUCCAUGCGACUCCAACAAGGAAAAGACGACCAAGUACGGCUAAUGCGAAUGCGAGGAUCAAUCAUAUUGUUUCUUCUCCUCGACCAUCGACUCCACCCAACCAAUUGGCUAGUAAGGUAGAUCUGGAUGAUACCUUAGCUCAGAGUCAGAAUCAGACACCUACCAGGACCCCAUCGUCUAGGAGGAAACCACCCCCGCCUUGGCCUUCGCCUAGAACAGAUAGACCGAUCCCUUCUCCCCCUGCUUCACCAAGAGACGUGUUCAAUCCGAAGAAGACACCCUCAAGAGUAGGUGUCAAUGGGGACUUAUUGAAUAAAAUCACUCGAGGCGACGUAUCGGAAUGA